UGGAGAAAAGCGACUGGUCGAUCAGCCGUACACAGAUAAUCUGCCAACAUGUCUGACAAGCCAAAUCUUGAGGAAGUCACCAGCUUCGACAAGAGCAAGCUGAAGAAGACAGAGACGCAGGAGAAAAACCCCUUGCCAUCUAAAGAGACUAUUGAACAGGAGAAGCAAGCCGCCUCUUCAUGAACCAAACACUCCACUAUGCACUCUCUGUACAUUCCACAAGCAUUGCCUUCUUUUCACCUCUUUUAGCUGUUAAACUUUGUAACAGAUAAACCUAAGUUGCAUUGUGAUUGGACAAAAGCAGAUGACUGUACAGCCCUGUUUCUUACCCCUUAUACCCCCUUUUUAUUGCACCGAUGAGAGAGAAAGAGAGAGAACAAAGGAGAGAGAGAGCGAUGGUCUGCUGGGUAGUUUGUGCAGACGGGCUGGCAUCUGGUGUGAAGAGCGUCGCUUCAGCGUUCCAUCACCUGUAUCUGGCCACCCAGUCUGCUUUGAACAUCUUGUGGCAUUGAGGGGAGGGGCCGAGAGUUUGAGUGGCAUGUCCAGGGACCUCUCACUUUUAACAUCUUUGUGUUGGUUGUCCUUGGAUGACUUGCAAAAUGCUUUCAAGACAUGCAGUGUUUGAUUUUUUUUUUUUUUUUUCCUUUUGGAGGGUUUUGUUUUUUUGUUUUUUGUUUUUUUUGGUAAAAGUUCAAAUCUUGGAAUGCACAAAAUUUUGUUUUGAUAUGCAAAUAAAAAAAUGAUAAAACUGUAA